AUGGCAACCGUAGAAGAACGACACCCGGAGCUCUUCCGCCCGGUCAGCACCGAGUCCCCGCGCGGGAAGAAGAGAACCGUGCCGAUGCAGGUCCUGUGCCUGGGCUUCCCCCGAACAGGCACGUCAUCAAUGUGCGCCGCGCUCGAGAAGCUAGGAAUCCCCUGCUGGCACUCGACAGUCUUCAUGUCGACCAACUUCGCCGACAUUGAGAUGUGGCAGGAGGCCGUCGACCGCAAGUUCUUCGGCGCCGGCGCGCCGGUCGGGCGGGACGAGUUUGACCAGCUGCUGCACUCGUACGGCGCCGUGUCGUCGGACACGCCGGCGGUCGCGUUUGCGGAGGAGCUUAUUGCGGCGUAUCCUGAGGCCAAGGUUGUGCUUGUUGAGAGGGAGGUCGAGAGCUGGCAUAAGAGUUACAUGCAGGGCGUCGUUGCGAAUAUGUUUGACCCGUUUAUUAGUCUGGUGUAUCAGCUUGACCGGUUCUACGUCCAUCCCAUUGGCAAGAUUCACCGGAGUGUAACCGGCGGGUGGCUGGAUAUCUGGAAUGUGAAAGACGCCGAGGCCAAAGCGAGACAGAAGUAUCGCGAGCACUAUGAGAUUUUGAGGAGGGUCACGCCGAAGGAGAGGUUGCUCGAGUUCGAUCUGGCGGAUGGGUGGGGCCCGCUUUGCGAGUUCUUGGGCAAGGAUGUCCCUGAGGUCCCUUUCCCGCACCUGAAUGAGAAGGCUUGGCUAGACGAGAAGGUGAAGAUCAUCGCCGUCAACGGGUUGAAAGGAUUGGGCAAGAAGAUUGGGCUGAUCAUGGGACCUGUUGCUGUUGCUGGAGCCGCAUGGUGGCUGUACGGAUGA